AUGAAUUAUCAGGUAUCUGUGGCUGCAGGGUUCACUAUUUUGGAAGGAAACUCUAAAAUGCCUUUUGUCAUGGAGUUAAUUCAGUACAUGAUAGUUGGUAUAUAUUUCACUUCGAUUUUUGUGGUAUUUGUAAUAAAAAAAGAAGCCAUUAUGUCAAAUUACAAUUGCAUACAAACCAAAUUUAUCCAAUGGUCCAACAAAAGAGCAUUGCAUCCAAAUGCGGCUUAUAAUAGAAACAUAAAAUCAGUCAAAAGUUUAGCAAUACCUUUAGCAACGUUAUCAUUGUCUAUUGCAUUUGGGCCUUUAGCAUCGGCCAUAAACGAUAUUGGCAAACUGCCAUUGGACGACCGAGCACAUUUCGUCUUGUUUUGGCCUACGAUUGUUGAUACUAAUAAAUUAAGUAUGUAUGGAAUCAUUUAUACACUGCAAUCCACAUUUACUAUUCUUCUAUACAUUUCGGUGUUAUCGUUUAAUUUGGGUUUUAUGGUAUUUUUGAAUGAAUUAAUUACCCAGUUUGAAAUGUUAUUAGACGGAAUUACCGAUGCAUUUAAAUAUAAAAUGGAUACACAGUUCCAAACGCUUUUUAUUGAUUGUAUACGUCACCAUCAAAUAAUUAUUAAAUUUUUAGAUGAUUUAAAGUCAUACUUCAAGUGGAUGAUCCUAAUUGAAAUAAUCGUAGUGCAAGUAAUACUGGCCAUUCUUAUUUACAAUUUAACAAAAGUAAAUGCUUCCCUUGGUUAUAAGGUUAAAAUCGCUGGUUCGAUAUUAUUUAAUUUACUCCCAAUUUGUUUUCACUGUCACAUCGGAGAAGUCGUCCUAAGCUUGCACACACGUUUGUCUAAUCACAUUUAUAACAUGACGUGGUAUGACAUGCCCAACAAAAACGAACAACUCAUCGUGAUUAUGUUUCAACGCACUCAACGAGAUCUGACAUUAAGUUCAGCUUUGUUUUCGAGCGAAAGAGCAUCCAGAGCGUUGAUUUCUAAAGUUAUUAAACAAGUGUACACAAUUCUUAACGUAUUGUUGAAAACAUAA